CCUCAGUUUCCCUCUUGGCAUCGGCAUAACCCCGCGCGCGCAACCCCUCUGACCCUUCGACGUCUGUCUGCUGAUCUCCCGUCGCGAUGGCUCACAGCUGCUCCGAGUCGGCCGGUGAACGCACACACCACACACAGGCAGGGCAGGGCAGGGCAGGGGAGAAGCAGGGGAGAGGCAGAUCUGCAUCAGGCAGGGCAGGGCAGCAACCGGGGAGUGGGAACGGGCAAGGAGGAAAGGCGGCGAAAUGCAUAUGCAUGUGUGUGUCGCAUGUGCCACGUGUGUGGUUGUCGCGGUGAGGGAGAUGGGGCGUGUGGUGAGGGGUAUGGGGUGCUUGUGACAGACAGAGGGGCGGCAGACCGGUUGUGUGCUCACAUGCGCUCGUUCAGGCAGUCGUGUCUCUCUCACGCUGAUGGGCUCUCUCCUUGUGUGUGUGUGUGUGUGCUUGUGUGCUGUGUGUGGUGUGCAGUGUUCUCGAUGCCUGCCGAGAAGUGCUGGCAGAUGAUCCGCGACUUCGACUUCCCAGGUACCACCAUCACCUGCCCCUUCCACUGACCACCAUGCACACACUUGGGAGUGUGUCUGUGUGUGCGUGCGUGUGUGUGUGUGUGUGUCAGCCAAGUACAUCGGCACGGUCGAGAAGGUGGACAUCCUCGAGAAGGCCGGCCUGACCUGCGGUACCCACACUCGUUGACAUACCACAGGCGCACACAGAGAGGGGGGGGAGGGGUCAGAAACCAUGGAUCUGCGUUCACUUGUGUGUGGGUGUGUGGUGGGUGCGGUGCGGUGCAGUUGGUGCGGUCCGCGCCGUGACGUGGAAGACCAAGGAAGUCGAGAAGCACCGGUGCGUGGACACGGCCACACGCAGGUAUCUGUGUGUAUGGUUCUGUCUGUGUGUGUGUGAGUUCAGUCUGCUGGCGAUCGAUGACCUGGAGCGCAAGAUCUGCUGGGAGGUACGUGCAAUUGACACACAGACACAAACAUAUGGAUGGAUGGAUGGAUGGAUGGAUGGAUGGUCUGUGUGUGUCUGUGUGGAUGGAUGGGUGCAGUUGGUGGAAGCCGAGCCCCCUGCAGAGGUCAACAAGCCACACCCCACACACAGCACACACACACCCUCUUCAUUCAUUCGGCAACCAAUGGUGUCUGUCCUCGUUGGUGUGUGUGUGUGUGUGUGUCAGAUCACUGGCCGCAUCAGCACGGUGAAGGUGGACCGCAUCACGGAGAACAACAGCUGCCUCGUCACAUGGAGCUGCGAGUUCGCCGCCGACGUCAAGCCAGACCUCCUCAAGUUCACGCAGAAGUCGCUCAAGGUACGUCCUUCUGUCUGCCGCCACCAUCACACACGCGCCAACACUUGUGCCUCGUGUGUGGUGCAGGAGGACUUGGUGGAGAUGAAGGGCAAGAUGAAGUAGACGAUGCCGACACACGCACACACUCACACACCGACUGACACCCCUCUACCCCUCU